UGCGCACUAGCCGAUGGCACUAGACCAUUGAACACUUUUUGAAGCUCAUAUUCGAGCAAAGUGGUUUUUCUCGAGAGGUAAUGGCCCACUAUCUUCAGCGUAUUAUUUAAUAAUACACAGCGAUGUACGCAAUGGAAAUUAAGCCAUCUUCCAUGAACUUGAUUAAGUUCAUAAAGCAAGGAGCCUACAAGUUAUCUACGCAUCAAUUAUAUGUUCAUUUAAAAUGCAUGCGAACUGAGAUGUCGACAUAGAAGAUAUUUCAAAAGCUCCACAAGAUGGAUUGUCAUCUCCCAGCUCAGCAGGACCCAGGUGCCACUGAUGCUGUAAUUGGCCAGGAUCCAAUGAUUACAGGGCAGCUCAGCAAGCCCCUGCUCUCCCUGCGCAGCGAGGCGAGCGGCGCCGAGCCGCGGGGCGACGGCACGGCGGCCACCCCGGACAGCGAGCUCAAUGAGCCCCUGCUGCUGCCGGCCGAGGCCGCCGACGGCGAGGACGCUCCCGGCAAGCUCUUCGGGGCCCGUGGAGGCUUUUCCCAGUCUGAAGCCAGCAGCAGUCCCUCAGAUCAGACUCAGCUCAACCAAUCACACCCUGCCUACCCAGUAGGUCCACAGUCUCUGUUGGCGGCCCAGCAGUUGGCAUCAGCGGUGGCAGGGGUGAUGCCCGGGGGAGGUCCGGGCCUCAACCAGCCCAUCCUUAUCCCCUUCAACAUGGCCGGGCAGCUGGGAGGACAGCAGGGCCUGGUGCUCACGUUGCCCACCGCCAACCUCGCCAACAUCCAGGGGCUGGUGGCAGCUGCGGCGGCCGGUGGCAUCAUGACCUUACCAUUGCAGAACCUACAAGCUACCUCAUCCCUGAACUCGCAGCUCCAGCACCUGCAGCAGCUGCAACAACUACAACACCAGCAACACCAGCAGCAGCAGCAGCAGCAGCAACAGCAGCAACAGCAGCAGCAGCAACAGCACCCGGGACAGACGCACCCCCAUUCCCACAAUCAGCUGACGGCCCAGCAUCCGCAGCCUCCGUCCAACCAGCAGCAGUGCUCGUCAUCCUCCUCCUCCUCCUCGUCCUCCACCUCCUCCACUUCGUCCUCCCAUGGCGCUGUCCAGCCCCCGCAGUCCCUCCCCCGAGCCGCCUCCCCCCCGCACAAACAGAACCACUCGCCGGCUCGCAGCCUGCCCUCCCCGGUCACCCCGCCCACCCCCCUCCAGCUGAACCCGUUAGCCAGCCAGGCGGCGGCGGCGGCGGCGGCAGCGGCGGCCAUGAGCUCCAUCGCCGGCUCCCCGGCCUUCGGCAACGCCCUCCCGGGCCUGCAGGGAGCCUCUGGGCAGCUGGUCACCAACGCGCAGGGACAGAUCAUUGGAACGAUCCCACUGAUGCCAAACUCUGCUGGGCCCUCAAGCCAAUCAGGGACCGGGACUCCAGGGCUGCAGGUCCAGCCAAUCAUGCCGCAGCUCCUGACCAAUGCCCAAGGCCAGAUAAUUGCCACUGUCAUUGGCAACCAGAUCCUGCCAGUCAUCAACACCCAGGGAAUUACACUGUCACCUAUAAAACCAGGACAACAGCUGCCUCAGGCACAGCAGGGACAAACAGGCCCUGCAUCCUCCCAGGCCAGCCUCCUCCACCUGCCACACAGCCAGGCCUCUCUGUCCCAGAGUCCCAUGCGUCAGCCCUCUUCCUCCUCCUCCAGCUCCUCUUCUUCAUCUGCCCUCAGUGUUGGGCAGCUGGUCAGCAAUCCACAGACCGCUCCUAGUGAAGUGGAUGGGGUCAACCUGGAGGAGAUCCGCGAAUUUGCCAAAGCUUUCAAGAUCCGCCGCCUGUCCCUGGGCCUGACGCAAACUCAGGUGGGCCAGGCCCUUAGUGCCACCGAGGGACCUGCUUACAGCCAGUCUGCCAUCUGCAGACACACCAUCCUGAGAAGCCACUUUUUCCUACCACAGGAAGCCCAAGAGAACACUAUAGCUAGCAGUCUGACAGCCAAACUGAACCCUGGCCUUUUAUAUCCUGCCAGGUUCGAGAAGUUGGACAUCACCCCAAAAAGCGCCCAGAAGAUUAAGCCCGUUCUUGAGCGCUGGAUGGCCGAGGCCGAGGCCCGCCACCGCUCCGGAAUGCAGAACCUGACCGAGUUUAUCGGCAGCGAGCCCUCUAAAAAGCGCAAGAGGAGGACCUCUUUCACCCCGCAAGCGCUGGAGAUUCUCAACAGCCACUUUGAGAAGAACACGCACCCCUCUGGUCAGGAAAUGACGGAAAUCGCGGAAAAACUGAACUAUGACCGGGAAGUCGUCCGCGUCUGGUUUUGCAACAAGAGGCAAGCGCUUAAAAACACGAUAAAGCGGCUAAAACAGCCAGAGCUCGUCUCCGCUGCCCCGAUGGACCCGCUCACUGACUCAAUGGAGGAGCACCCGUGAAACAAAUACCAAAACUCAACGGAAAGCAAACACUAAUUCCCAAAUAUAAAAGGAACAAUCCCAGCUGAUUAUAGACUAAGAACCAUUUGAGGACUGUCACUGCUGAAUACUAUUUUUCUUCUGCAAUGACAACUUGAUAAUACAACAAUUAACAAAGACUGCAAAUACAACUUCACCAAUGUUGUCAGUAAUUGCUACAAGCAAUUGCUUAAAGGACUGAACACCAAACAAAAACCAAAAACAACAUGGGGCAAAUAGUUUUUUUUUUCUGAAAAUGUACAAAGGAAAUCACAUGAAAGAGGUUCACAAGUGGUUUUACGGUGGUUUUGCCAAGCCUGCUUUGAGGAAUAACCGAAAAAUUGACUCUUCUUAGAUGCCUCAUUUCAGGACGUAAUCGAGAAAUUAUCCUGAGAUAAAGGACAAACAAAACAAAAACAAAAAAACAAAAAAACAUAACUAUUAACCAAAGUUUGUUGCAUUAAAAUCCUGAUAACAAUUUCUUUUUUUAGGUGUAAAUGUGUUAUAAAUUUUUACAUUUGUACUCACAAAAAAAAAAAAAAAAUUGAAUAACAAUGUUUGGGCUUGGGUAAUGUUUUUUUAUGUUUUAGUCCCAUGUCUCACUAGACUUGGACCACAAGUUGAGUGCUUGUGUUUAUAUGUAAAUAUCAAUGGUGUUCUCUUGUUUUAUUAUUCAAACCUACAGUGUUACGUCAACAUACUGACCGAUCAUUGACAUUGCUGCCAUGUCAGCAAUGCCGUGUCAAUAGUUUCCUUUAUGUUGACAUUCUUUCAGUCACAAUAUGGCUUUGUAAAAAUUGUACAGGUAUUUAUUAAUUUUAUAAGAUUGUCUAUGUGUGGGAGCAAGAUAAUAAACAGGAGCCUGGUCCAAAAUGUCAAGGGAAUUUUCCAAUGGUGGAUCUAGAGAGGGGUUUUGUUUCUGCUUGUCCUUCAGUGUGUUAACCCAGUACCACUCUUGUGGUAUCUGGAGCAAUUCUGUUCUAUUGCCAAAGCCUGAUAGCCAAAGAAUAUAUUUCUGGGCCCAAGGACUUGUGCAGAUUCAACCUUGGCCAAAAAACACCACAAGAUUUUUUUUAUUGCUUAUUCCUUUUUAUGUCUUUAAACUCAUUUUUUUCCCUUUAUGCUCACUGAUGAAAUUCAGGUGUAUUUUAUAUGCUGUAUUCAACCACACAAAGAGAGAGGUCGCCGGAAUGCCAAAUUACAUUUCUUUAGGAGAAAAAAUACAUCAUCAUGUCAAAUGAAAUUUGCUCUCAGUUCUGACAGAUGUAGAAAAUGCUCUGAAAGUGCAAAGAAGCCCUUGAGUUGAAGCCACCUCAAAGAUUUCCUUAAAGUUUCUGAGUUCCACUUUCUCUCUUUAAUGUAACUUUAUAUAUAGCUUUUGCUUUACAAAAUUAACCCUGGCCGACCCUACUGAGCUUCAAUAGAGGCUAGGUUUCAAGUAAAAACAGAUUUAAAAAAAAACUAUGACAUUGGUAGUAAACAACACACAAGGAUUGUGUGACCAAUGGCAAUUGCAGGUUUGACAUUAUACCAGAAAGUGUGCCAGUAUUCAGCAAAAUUGUUUUUCCCUGGCUUUACCUAAAGAAAUGUACUUCCAGAACACCUUUGUUAAUGGAGUUCCAAUUUCCUAAUUUAUUUAUUUUUUUUGUAUCUCAUUGUUUGGUUUUUAAUUUCUUCGUCAAGUGACUGAGUUAGAAGUUAUGUUUAUGUCUCAGCUUUUUGUGCAUUGAUUUUAAAGAAUAUUCAGCUGAGUGAGGUUGCUACUUCAAGGCAGUAGCUAUGGGCUUAUUUUAACCACUCUGAAUGCAAUAUUAGUGUUGUAAUCCCUUCACAUCACACAAAUAUGGUGAUUUAUUCUUGUUAGAGUGCUUUUUUGUUUUAUAGUGAAUUAAUUCAUUGUGUAGCAGGAGUCCACUCGCCUGGUGAACAUUUCACUUUUUUAACCAUUAAUUUCUUGAAACCUACACAAUACAUUCUUCACCACCCCUAUUGAGGCUUGCUAUAAAAUAGACGUUACUUGCUCUUCAAACUAGAAGACAGAACGAAUAACAACAUGGCUCCCUUUUCGUACUGCCAAUUAAUUUAAGUAGUCAGUUGUGUUCUAGGGUUACCGAUGCACAGCCAUUUUGAGAAGAACAUUGUUAUCGUUGGUUAUACCGUAUAAUUAUUGAGUGUCAAUGUGCAGUUAUGAUUGAGCUAUAGGCUAUAGGCACAUUCACAGGCAUUGUACCGGCGUGUCAUAAGUAUGGUAGUGGUUUUUCAAAAAGAAUAAUCAGGCCACUUUAGCUUUAACUGGCCACAGCUGUCCUUCAAUACAUACCCUACUGCUAUUGUACAGAUGAGGGCCAGUGACAUGCAACACAAUUUCUGUAGGCCUUUCUGCAGAUUUAUGCCAUUAUAUGCUACAAAGACAAGAGAGGCUAGGAAGGAGGUGAUACAUCUGCAUCUGCAUUUGGGAAAACUAGCUUUACUUCAGUAUUUGUUUAUUUGUGUACGUAUUGAUCGAUUUAUUUAUCAGCAUCUUUACUGAAGAUGUGAGUUGUGUGAGUAGAUUUCAGUUUUGUUACGUUAGGUUUUAACAUAAAUGAACUCUUGAAGCUUAAUUAUUUUGCUGUUUUUUUUUCAGUCAGCCGCACACCAAGCUUGCUGGGCCUACUGUAUCCCCGGCUGUAUCUCAUGACUUCUUCUGAGUUUGAGAGACUAGCUUCCCUGUGUCAUUACUAGCACUCUUCCCUCACCUGGAUCUCACCUCUCAAGGCCACACCAUCCUGAAGUCCUAAGUAGGACCUCAGGCCACCAUCGUCAUAGGCUGUCAGAGAGACUCACUCUAGGUGAUUCCUAUGGGAUCAGACCUUUAUGGGCAUUAAAGAUAUUGUCCUGUGUGGUAUUCGAAUUACUUACUCUUUCGCAGUUUGGACUUAAGCAUGAAGACUGGUUGAAGCUUUCCCCUUUGCAGAUACUGUGUAUUUUUCUUGAUGUAGGGAUUGGUUCUGAGGCAGUGAACAUUGUAGACAAUGUUUAAAUUGAGCCAAGUGAAAUAUCAAUAAUAGCCCAAAAAAUCCAUUACAAAAGAUUUUACAUGGGACCCAACUUUUGUAUUCUGGAAAACUUAAACUGACUGUACAAUCCUCUCAACACAAAACAUGAUAAAUCAUUGUGAAAAUAGCAAGGGCACCCUGUAAAGAAAGCACAUGUAAUUUACAGUGCUGCUGUGAAAUAGUGCUUAAGUGAAGUGCCAAGACGUAAUCCUACUGCCAAAUGGUACUUUUGGUUAUGUAACUAUUAUACACCGUGUUCAGCCAGUACUCAUUACUCAUAAUUCUUUCCAUUAUGAGUAACUUAUUCACAAAGCCAUUACUGUGAUGUUAGAUUCAGAAAAGGUGGAGAGGGUCAGAUGCUUCACAACAUUGCUGUCGGUAUUGAGGGUUUUACUCUUCUAUUGCUUUAGGCUAAAAGCACCUUGACUGGGAAAUGGUGGCAAAGAAACAUGUUUAUUUCUCACAAAGUUCUGGCAAAUUGCUGUAGAUUACAGCUCCAUUUAUUCUUUCUGUGUCAGUGGUGCAAAAGACCCCCUAUAGCUACCAGGAAAUGUGCAUUUCAACAACAUUUCACUGUCAUGGCAAACAUCCUCUGCUAGCCAUCAAGCUUUUGUGCAGAUUUCAUUCAUCAUGAUGCGCGAAUAAAAUCUGUAUAAAUACCUGUUCAUUUCUGUUAAAAUGAUUAUUAUUAUUCUUCUUCUUCUUCUUCUUCUAAUUGUUCUCCUCCCUCUUCUUCUUCUUCUCUCUCUCUCUCUCUCUCUCUCUCUCUCACUCUGUCUUUUAUUUUUCUGUAACUCUCCCCUCACUAUACAAUCAAAGAGAACUGGUAAUCUGGUUGAAAAUAUAUUGUGGACAAGUAGAGAGGCUUAACAAUGAAGCUGUAACCAAAAAAUAAAGAAAAGAAUUUUGCCUUUGUUUGUCUUAUAAAUGCUGGACCAAAGCUCAAUGUAUCGUAGGUAUAUGCACAUUGUACAGAGAUAUGGCUUAAUGUCGCUGACAAUCUUGCAAUAUUAAACUGUUAUUUAAAGAAAAUGAAUGAAUAGAUAAAUGGAUCAUAAAGAUUUUACCUCAGCACUGUACUAGUCCCCAGUGAACAAUGCCAUAAAAACACUCUGUUUAGAAGUAAGAAAAGAAAAAAAGAAGAAAAAAAAAAGACUUCUGUAUAUGUUUGUAAGUAGUGUUUUCUUGUCAUCCAGGGGGAGGGGCUUGUUUCUGAAUUGAGAUUAUGUACGACACUUGUUUUACUUCAGUGAAAUGGUUGCCAGGGUCACUUGUAUAGCUCUCCUAUGAGAUUGGUGUUCUUUUUUUGAAUUUUUGGUUUUUAUGUGCUUUCUGUUGUCCUUUUUAGGCUGUGCGAGGUACACUGUUCACUUUCAGUCUCCUGGAAGUGCCCCAUUUUAAGCCUCUGUCACACUGAGAAUGAUAAUGAUAACUGUAAGCCAUUACAUUCACAAUCUACUAUUUGUAAAAAUAAAAAAAAAUCACACCAGAGGAAGUUCUGUCCUUCAAAACAUCUGUCUGCCAAUUCCUUUCAGUUACUCAAUCUCUGUCUUGGCUCCUGCAUAGAUACACUGAACACUGUAUAAAAACGUUUCCUUGAAUGUGAUCCUAUAGUUUUCCUUAUAAUUUGAGAUCAUUUUUAUUGCUACUUCAGUGGUUUGACCAGCUUGAUUCAUUUGAAAUUGAGUGGUUUGUGUAUAUCCAUUGUUGCAGUUAUUGUUAUUGUUCUUAACAUGAUCAGGGCUUUAUUCGGGACAUAGAAUGCUUUGUGACCUGAAUUGAUUAUUUAAAAAAAUGCUUUUUAAUGAAACACAUUCAAAUGUACACAAACAUACACAAACUGGAUUAAGAAAUAACUAAAUCUUACUACUGCUCAAGACCUUGAAACCAAAGCUGAUGAACCUGUGCAGGUUGCUUUAAAUUUUAUAGACUGAAAACUGUACUUAAUCUCUAGAGCAAUAUCUGUAUGGUCAGUAAAGCUGCACUUUGUGUAUUUCUGAACAGCUUCAAGUCUGUCACCUUUAUUUGUACCAUAAAUAAUAAAUAAUUGUUUGACAUGAAAGGUCA